UUGGUGAUUCGAAGGCUCGGGCGGGUGGAGGACAGACGCCGGGGCCAGUCACAGUCCCUGGUGGAGAGCGAUUUCCCCGGCCACGCCAGCACCCGAUAGGGGAGGAGGGCACCCGGGUCCGCGCCGGCUGCCGAGCCGCUCCACGCCCCACGGCGCCCGAGUCCGCGACCAGUCAUUGAUUUUUCGGCGGGGACCGUCAUGGCGUCUCAGCCGAAUUCAUCUGCGAAGAAGAAAGAUGAGAAGGGGAAGAACAUCCAAGUGGUGGUGAGAUGCAGACCAUUUAAUUUGGCAGAGCGGAGAGCUAACGCCCAUUCUGUAGUAGAAUGUGAUCACAUACGGAAAGAAGUUAGUGUACGAACUGGAGGAUUGGCCGACAAAAGCUCAAGGAAAACGUAUACUUUUGAUAUGGUUUUUGGAGCAUCUACUAAACAAAUUGACGUUUAUCGAAGUGUUGUUUGUCCAAUUCUGGAUGAAGUUAUUAUGGGCUAUAACUGCACUAUUUUUGCAUAUGGCCAAACUGGCACUGGAAAAACCUUUACAAUGGAAGGUGAAAGGUCCCCUAAUGAAGAAUAUACUUGGGAGGAGGAUCCUUUGGCUGGUAUAAUUCCACGUACUCUUCAUCAAAUUUUUGAGAAACUUACUGAUAAUGGUACUGAAUUUUCAGUCAAAGUGUCCCUGUUGGAAAUCUAUAACGAAGAGCUUUUUGAUCUCCUUAAUCCAUCUUCUGAUGUUUCUGAGAGACUACAGAUGUUUGAUGAUCCCCGUAACAAGAGGGGAGUGAUAAUCAAAGGUUUAGAAGAAAUUACAGUACACAACAAGGAUGAAGUCUAUCAAAUUUUGGAGAAGGGGGCAGCAAAAAGGACAACUGCAGCAACUUUGAUGAAUGCCUACUCUAGUCGUUCCCACUCAGUUUUCUCUGUUACCAUACAUAUGAAAGAAACUACAAUUGAUGGAGAGGAGCUUGUUAAAAUUGGAAAGUUGAACUUGGUUGAUCUUGCAGGAAGUGAAAACAUUGGACGUUCUGGAGCAGUUGACAAGAGAGCUCGGGAAGCUGGAAAUAUCAAUCAAUCCCUGUUGACUUUGGGAAGGGUUAUUACUGCUCUUGUAGAACGAACACCUCAUGUUCCUUACCGAGAAUCUAAACUAACUAGAAUCCUCCAGGACUCUCUUGGGGGGCGUACAAGAACAUCUAUAAUUGCAACAGUUUCUCCUGCAUCUCUCAAUCUUGAGGAAACUCUGAGUACAUUGGAAUAUGCUCACAGAGCAAAGAACAUACUCAAUAAGCCUGAAGUUAACCAGAAACUCACCAAAAAAGCUCUGAUUAAGGAGUACACAGAAGAGAUAGAGCGUCUGAAACGAGAUCUUGCUGCAGCCCGUGAAAAAAAUGGAGUGUACAUUUCUGAAGAAAAUUUCAGAGCCAUGAGUGGAAAACUAACUGUUCAAGAAGAACAAAUUGUAGAAUUGCUUGAAAAAAUUGCUGCUGUUGAGGAAGAGCUAAGUAGGGUUACAGAAUUGUUUAUGGAUAAUAAAAAUGAACUUGACCAGUGUAAAUCUGACCUGCAAAAUAAGACACAGGAACUUGAAACCACUCAAAGACAUUUACAAGAAACUAAAUUACAGCUUGUUGAAGAAGAAUAUUUCACAUCAGCUUUGGAAAGUACUGAGGAGAAACUUCAUGAUACUGCCAGCAGGUUGUUUAACACAGUUGAAGAAACUACAAAAGAUGUAUCUGGUCUCCAUUCUAAACUGGAUCGUAAGAAGGCAGUUGAUCAGCACAAUGCAGAAGCUCAGGAUAUUUUUGGCAAAAACCUGAAUAGUCUGUUUAAUAGUAUGGAAGAAUUAAUUAAGGAUGGCAGCACAAAACAAAAGGCCAUGCUAGAAGUUCAUAAAACCUUGUUUGGUAACCUGCUGUCUUCCAGUGUCUCUGCAUUAGACACGAUUACUACAACAGCACUUGGAUCUCUCACAUCUAUUCCAGAAAAUGUGUCUACACUUGUUUCUCAGAUUUGUAAUAUGAUAUUAACAGAACAAUCAUUAGCAGCCGAAAGUAAAACUGUACUUCAGAAAUCAAUUAAUGUACUUAAGAGUGACUUCCUCAGUUCCCUGGAAACAGUUUUAUCCCCCACUGUGGUAUCUAUACUGGAAAUCAAUAGUCAACUAAAGCAUAUUUUCAAGACUUCAUUGAUACUGGCUAAUAAGAUAGAAGAUCAGAAGAAGGAAAUGGAUGGCUUUCUCAGUAUGCUGUGUCACAGUCUACAUGAACUAAAAGAAGAUACAAUUUCUUCCUUGGAUGAAACACAGAAGCUAUGUGAAAACUUAACUGAAGACCUGAAGACAAUAAAGAAAAUCCAUUCACAGGAACUUUGCCAGUUAAUCAAUCUUUGGAAGGAGAGAUUCUGUACUUUGGAGGAAAAGUGUGAAAACAUGUGGAAACCACUUAGCAGUGUUCAAGAAAAUACAGAGCAGAAAUCUAAAGAUAUAAUCAGCAAAGCAACUUCUCACAGUGAAAAAUUUGGUGCUGAUUUUGAUGACUUGUCAGCGGAACUUAGACAUUUUAACCAGGAAGGUACAAAACUGGUUGAAGAGUCUGAGAAACACUGUGAUAAACUCAGUAGCAACCUUGAAAUAAUAUCUCAAGAGACUGAACAGAGAUGUGAGGCUCUGAACACAAGCACACUUUGUUUUUCUGAGCAGUGGGUAUCUUGCUUAAAUAAAAGGGAAGAGGAACUUCAGAAUUUAUUGAAGGUUGUACAACAAGGUUGUGAGGCUUCAAGUUCAGAGAUUACUGAAAAAUUAAUUGGACAUAAAGCAGCUAAUGAGAACCAGCAUAACAUUCUUCUUGGUCAGAUAACUAUUGAUGAAGAAGAAUUAAUGACACAAAGUCAAGAACUUAAUAAAACCGUAAAAAUUGGUUUGACUAAGCUUAAUUGCUUUCUGCAACAGGAUCUGAAACUGGAUAUCCCAACAGGUACGACACCACAGAGGAAAAAUUAUUUAUACCCAUCAACACUGGUGAGAACCCAGCCACGUGAACAGCUCCUUGAUCAGUUGAAAAGGAAACAGCCUGAGCUGUUAAUAAUGCUAAACUGUUCAGAAAACAACAAAGAAGAGACCAGUCAGGACUUGGAUGAAGAAAAGGCAGUUCUGGUGCACACUGUUGAAGAAGCUGUAAGUCAAGAGCCAUCUGUAGACACUAGUUUGGAUUGUUCAUCAAGUGGUGGGGUUCCAUUUUUCCAGGUACCUGAUUAUACCCUAUCAGAUAACCCUUCCACAUCUGAUCAUAAAAAAUCACAUGGAAAAGAUAAAGAAAACAGAGGCAUUAAUCCACUGGAGAGGUCUAAAGUAGAAGAAACUACAGAGCAAUCUGUUAUGAAGAGCAGAUUACCUCUACGAGCCCAGAACAAUUUUUAGUUAACUUGAGGACUGGUAAUUUUACUUUCUAAGAAAAAUGAAAAAUAAAACCUGUAACCCCAGAACUUGAGCCUUGUGUAUAGAUUAAAAACGAGUAGAAAAUAUCAAGGCAGUACUGUAAAUUUAGUUGAAUUUAUUAUCUACCCAUUUUUUCUGUCAUUGCUGUAGUUUACUGUAUAUUAAGUUGGGUUUCAUUUGGGAUUUGCAUUGAGUAAAUAUGUAUUUCUAGCUUUUGAUAUAAAGUAGCUCUUUCAUAACAAACGAAAAAUAUUUUUCUAGUAUAUUACUAAAUAGCAGAUAUAUAGAAGCUGCAGUGUUCUUUUAGGCUUGAACUUAUAUAGGUAAAUAUCACCAGCGCAUGGUUUUAGGAAGGACCAUAUCCUUUCUUUUCUUGGUAUGAUUGAAUUAUGUUUGUAUUUGCUUACCUCCUUCCCUAGACUGUUUCAUUCUGCCUUCUCAGCAAACUUUCUCCCUUUUUUUGGUCACCAAACCAUUUGUAGAGCUACAAAAUGGUAUCCAUUAUUAUUAUGAGAUAGCCAGAAUUUUACCUAGAAAUCUUUUACACUUUUCUGUGGUUAUCUCUAAAAUUACUGUCAACAAUAAACACAACCCUAGAAGUAUCCCUUCCUUCAAUAUUUUAAUUUGUUUCCCCCUAGAUAUGAAAGCAUUUCAUUCCUUUAUGAGGCCUAACACAUUAGUCCCCAGAGUUCAUAAAAAGCCAUCUUCUCCAGAAUAUAGAUUGCUAUUAUGAGAGAACUACCUGGAGUUCUGAUUAAUGGCUAUGUGACCCUAUUUUGAAGCCUGUAUCUUGUGCAAAAGGUCAAAGUGUUUAAGUGCUUUAUGAAGCUAUUAAUUAUGACUAUCAUUUAUAUUCUUUUGUUUACCUGGUGAAACUUUUUGUUGUUCUUUGUAUAUAAUAAAAUAUGUGUGUAUAUAUUUUUUGCUAUUGAAAUCUUAACCCUUAUUAGAAGGGCCCUGACAAUUUUGAUCUGGCAGCCAAAUUUCUGGAAGUUGAGAUGUUUCAGCAUGAAGAACCAGAGCACUUAGAAGGAAUAUAUGUGAAGAAUAAAUUUUGUGCACACAUCAAGUUUAAGUGUAUAAAUUCAGAUUUGAUUCUGAUAGCUAAGUAAAACCAAACCCUGUUGGAGAAUUAGAAAAUGUGCUACUUGAAGGAACUAAGUUUGCCUUGCAGAGUACUAAUUAUCUUAAUAAAAAUGAUCAUAUAAUUUCUCUGCAAAAUCAGAUGUCAACAUAAGCUGUGGAUAA